GGAUUAAUUGAACAAAAAGAGAGAGACAGGUACAUAUACUACAUAGUCAUUCAUUCAUAUAUAAAUAAAGGGAAAGGGUGAAGCAGAAGAGAAAGAGAUAGAAAGGUGUGAAUGUAAACAUGUUGAAGCCAAGAGAAGGAAAACCGCCACAAUCUGCAGAUCUUCUUGUAUGUUUCCCUUCAAGAUCCCAUCUCCCUCUAAUGCCUAAGCCUAUUUGCAGCCCUGCCAGACCUUCCGAUCACAACAAACGCCGGCACCACCGCCGCAAGAGAUCAAUCUCCAUGCUUGCUGCUGGAGGACAAGGUGGUAGCCCUUCCCUUGACGUUGCGGAACCCACCUCCCCCAAGGUCACUUGCGCCGGUCAGAUCAAGGUUCGCCACAAGAACACCCGCACCACCGCUUGCCGGAGCUGGCAGUCGGUCAUGGAGGAGAUAGAGAAGAUCCACAACCGCAAGAAGCAGAGGAAUCAUCUUGGUUUCAAGAAGGAGGUAAUGCAGUUCUUGACUUGCCUGAGAAGCAUAAGGUUCGAUUUCAGAUGCUUUGGAUCAUUCCCCGGAACCGAUAUAGUAACCUCCGACGACGAAGAAGAAGAAGAAGAAGAAGAAGAAGAAGACGAAGACGUCGAAGACGAGGAAGGAGAAGAGAGUAGCCAGAGAAAAGAGAGUGGUGAUCGAGAAGAAGAAGGUUCAAGAACCGUGUUUUCGAAAUGGUUCAUGGUGGUACAAGAGCAUCAAAGUAGUAGUGUUGAUGAGGAGAAAGAGAAGAAGAACGUAGUAAUGGCACAUGAUGAUGAAGAUGAAGAUGAUGAUGAUGAUGAAUCGGUUACAGUGGUUCCUCCUCGGAACGCGUUGCUGCUGAUGCGGUGUAGGUCUGCUCCGGCGAAGAGUUGGGUGAAGAGAGAGAAUGAAGAAGAAGAAGGAAAAGGAAAAGAGAAAGUGGAGGUGGUGAGAGGGCAGAGUUUGAAGUCGUUAAUGGAGGAAGAAAAGAGAAUAAUAAAAACAGAACAAGAUAAUAACAAGAACAAGAACAAGAAGGUGUUGGUGAUGAGAUACGAGAGUGCAGCUGAUUGGAUUUCAUCGGAUAUUGCUAAAGAAACAUGGAUUGUUGGUGGCUUAAGAGAAACAUUAUUAAAGGCUCGAAGCUGCAAGAGAUGAUCCAUCACCAUCAUCAUCAUGCUAUUGCCAUUGCUUCCAGGACUCUUUUCAUUUUUCAAUUUUUUUUGUUAAUUGUUAGUAGUAUAUUAAAUAGCGUUUGUAUGUAUGAAUUUUAUUUUGCAGCAAAGUACUUUAAUGUGGUGGAGUGAAAACUAAGUGGGAAUUCUAAUAAUGAGUUAGUGUCCCAUAACCAUAAGUCCCAGUUUUUAGAUUCGGAUGUAUGCUUUAAUUUGUUUAAUCUAUGAAUAUAUCUGUACAGCU